AUGACGAGAUUUUCUGAUCUUUCAUGGGAUUUGAUAUGGGAGAUUUUUGCUAGGGUUCCAUUAACAUCGCUAAACGUAGUGCGAUCUACUUGUAAAAACUGGAACGGUUUGACGAGAAAACAAAUUUUAGGUCAAAAAGCAGCAGCAAGGAGUCAGUUUUUGGAGUUCAUGAUGAUAAAUUCUUCGGUUUCUUCGUUGAGAUGCGACCUCCAAGGAAUCCAGAACAGCAUCGAAGACGACGGCGAAGACUUGCUUGAUCAUCUCUCAAUCAAGCAAAUAACAAGUAUACCUAGUAAUACUAAAAUGGAGAUAACUGAAGUCUUUCACUGCGACGGCUUAUUGUUAUGCCUUGUCAAAGAGCAAGAAGACCACUUUAGACUCUUGGUUUGGAAUCCGUAUUUGGGGCAAACCAAAUGGAUUCAACCCAGAAAUAAGCUCUACAGAUUAGACAAGCACGCUCUCGGAUACAACAAGAACGGUAACCACAAGAUCUUGAGUUUGGUUGAUGAUUACGACUCCAAAAACGGAAGCUCUACAAGCGGAGUCCACAUCGACGUCUACGACUUCAGCACUGACUCAUGGAGGUUUCUUGACGUCGAUCCCAGCUGGGAUUUAGGGUGGUGUUACAACGGCGUGUCUUUGAAAGGAAACACUUACUUUUUCGGUCAACAGAUAACAGAUAUUGUACAUUAUGUGGUCUGUUUUAAUUUCGAAACGGAGAGUUUCGGACCGCGUCUGCCUCUGCCGUUUCAGCCUCCGUGUCCUUGUUUGGACAUUAAGCCUCUAUCUUGGGUUAGAGAUGAGAAACUCGCUGCGUUAUAUUACCACUGCGAAACUACCGAUAUCAUAGAGAUUUGGAUUUCGACUGAGGUUGAGCCCAAUGCGGUCUCGUGGAGCAGCUUUUUCACUCUGGAUUUGAGUCUAAUCAAUGGUUUACCUGAUGGUUUUCCUAAUUACUUUGAAACGAGCUUUUUAAUUGACGAGGAGAAGAAAGUCGCUGUGCUUUUUGGUUCAGAAAGAUAUGGCCGGUCUAGGAAAUUUCGCUACCAAAUGGCUUACGUUGUUGGAGGAGAUGGGUACUUCAAAUCUGUCAACACCGGAAUAGUUUCGAGUCGUUGGGUUACUAGCGGCAAACUUGUGUGCUCUUCUUAUGUUCCAAGUUUAGUGCAUGUGCUAGUUUAUUAG